AUGAAACAAUGGGUCGUGCACAUACUAAUAACACUAAAUAUCCUCAAUAUCAUGACAAAUCAUGGUAAAGUCAAAGCACAAUCUUCUGAUUGUCGAUGUCACCCCACUCCUUACUUUGAAUCAGGCGCAACACCAUGUUCUACAAAUCCUAGCUGUAAAUGUUUGUGGAUGACACUGACUGAACAAGGAAUUUGUGCUGAUACAGCAAUUUCGUGUUCUAGUUUAUUAGCAUGUACAAAUAAUGGCAAGGCAUGUUCACCACCAAAUACUGUAUGUGUAAACAACACACGUUGUAGUGGGCCUGUCUGCUAUCCUCUGGCACGAGCUUCUUCUGAACGGUGUCCAUUGUCUCAAACAGAUGCUAUAUAUCCUAUUCCUCGAGUUUCAAAUAUCAACACUAUAAGUGGAUUUUAUGCACAUGGAUCAAGUUUGUUAAGUAAUGGUGAUUUGUUAAUUGCUGGUGGAAGCUCAGCUGCUGUUUUAACGCACGUAUACAAUCCUUCCACGGGAUUGUGGAAGAGAACUGGAAACUUGUUGGUUGCGCGUGCCUAUCACACAUUAACUUUACUAAGAAAUGACAAAGUCUUAAUUGCUGGUGGAAAGGGUGCAGACAGCAUUCCAAAUAGUGUUGAGCUAUACGAUGCAUAUACAGGUCUGUGCACGAUGACUGGUAGUAUGAAAGAGGCAAGAGACACUCAUACAGCAUCUGUAUUACCUAAUGGUCAAGUUUUGGUUGUUGGAGGAAAUAACACUAUUACCAGUGUGAAUACUGCCGAAAUCUUUAAUCCACUGUCAGAAGAGUGGACAACAAUUAACAACAUGAGUGUUAAUCGUACCUUACAUACUGCAUCUAUUUUAGCCAAUGGAAACGUUUUGGUGGCAGGUGGAGAAACCUUGAAUGGUCCUUUGAGCAGCGCAGAGGUGUAUGAUUUUACAACAGGACAUUGGAGUAAGACUAGUGAUAUGAAUGUUCCACGAUCUCGACAUACAGCAACUGUUCUAAAUGAUGGAAGAGUACUAAUUGUCGGUGGAAGACUCUCUAAAAGUUAUUAUACUAGUACUACUGAGAUCUAUGAUCCUUAUACGAAUCUUUGGAGCAAAACUGGAAACAUGACAAUUCCACGACAAAGACAUACUGCAUCACUGUUAAUGAGCGGGAACGUAUUAGUUCUUGGAGGAAUAAGUAAUAGUGUCUAUGUGAACACAGCUGAAGUUUAUGAUCCUGUGUCAGACGUUUGGUCCACAACUAGUAACAUAAAUAACGAGCGAGGUUACCACACAACAACAGUACUGCCAGAUGGAGAUGUCUUGGUAGUUGGUGGGUUAAGUAAUGGAGGAUUUCCGUUAUGGAAUAGCGAAUUGUAUUCGUGA